GAUAAUGGAGUAGUAAUCGAACUAAAGCAGUAGACCGAUGGAAGUCGUUUCCUUGUUGGAUAUAAAUAACGACAACCUAGUUUGAUUCCAUAACUGUAUCGGUUUUAAUUAAAGCUCUCGGUACUAUAGACAGUGUCGCAGUACCGUUUUCAGGCUAAAACGGGUCAAAAACAGUCGUAUCAACAUGUCUCGCUCGUAGCUUAGCUCAUUUCAGUGAUCGCUCUCCCGAUAGCUGGCAGGCUAGCUGUGCCGCUGUCCUCUGUGGGAUUUUUCCCUCUCUGCUCGGCUAUUUUUGCCUACGUGAUAUGUUCUGUACGACACCGGGGAGGGUCAGGCUGCACAUCAGCACAGUGGAGAAAAACCGUAUCUCUACAUGGUCGCGGUCAGGAGGAAAUUGGGGGGAUUUGGUCUUGUGCGCGAUCAUUUGCAGUCAGAGCAAUACAGCGGUAACAGACUUUAUUUUGUGGUCUUUCCCACCAUUCCUGAAGAACUUAGCGACACAUUAAGACAUUGUCUGACCGAAUGAACACUGUCACUAAUGGAAACUGGACGUAAUACGUAGCGCUCCAGUUUAGAGGAAAGUUGUAUCCCUUUGAAGAGAACUCGUAACGUUGACACCUCAGCCUGCUGGCUCCUAGCAAGGGGCUUAACUUACCCGACAACAAAGUUUCAGGAAACCGCAAAAUUUGGACAACAUGUCGGAGGAUAACAACGUGGACAAGUUUAUCAAGGAGACGUCCAUUCUAGAAGAAUACAGCAUUAACUGGUCUCAGAAACUGGGAGCAGGAAUCAGUGGUCCAGUCAGGGUGUGUGUGAAGAAGUCAACACAGGAGCGGUUGGCAUUGAAGAUCCUGAUUGAUCGUCCAAAAGCCCGCAAUGAGGUGAGGCUUCAUAUGAUGUGUGCAUCACAUCCCAACAUUGUCCAGAUUUUGGAGGUUUAUGCCAAUAGCGUUCAGUUCCCACACGAGUCCAGCCCAAGGGCGAGGCUGCUGAUUGUGAUGGAGAUGAUGGAGGGUGGAGAGCUCUUCCACAGGAUCAGCCAACACAGACACUUUACUGAGAAAAUGGCCAGUCAAGUCACUAAACAGAUUUCCCAGGCCCUGGAACACUGUCAUAAACUGAAUAUUGCACAUCGGGACCUGAAGCCGGAGAAUCUGCUCUUCAAAGACAACUCGCUGGACGCUCCAGUGAAACUGUGUGAUUUUGGUUUCGCCAAAAUCGAUCAGGGUGACCUGAUGACCCCCCAGUUCACUCCGUAUUAUGUAGCACCUCAGGUACUGGAGGCUCAGAGGAGACAUCAGAAGGAGAAGUCUGGGAUUAUACCUACCUCACCCACACCAUACACUUACAACAAGAGCUGUGAUUUGUGGUCUCUGGGCGUCAUUAUUUAUGUGAUGCUGUGUGGCUACCCGCCCUUUUACUCACGCCAUCACAGUCGCACCAUCCCCAAAGACAUGAGGAAGAAGAUCAUGACGGGCAGUUUUGACUUCCCUGAAGACGAGUGGAGUCAGAUCUCUGAGAUGGCCAAGGAUAUCGUCCGCAAGUUAUUGAAGGUGAAGCCAGAGGAGAGACUGACUAUAGAGGGGGUGUUAGCCCAUCCGUGGCUGAACUGCACUGAGGCUUUGGACAAUGUGCUGCCAUCUGCCCAGAUGAUGAUGGACAAGGCUGUUGUGGCAGGGUUCCAGCAGGCCCAUGCAGAGCAGUUGGCCAAUAUGAGAAUCCAGGAUCACAGUGUCAGCCUGAAACCACUCAACACUGUCAAUAACCCCAUACUGAGGAAGAGGAAACUGCUGGGUACUAAAGCCAGUGAUGGUUUGUUUAUUCAUGACCCUGAGAAUGGAGCAGAGGACUGUAAUGUAGCACUGGAGAAACUCCGAGAUGUCAUAGCCCAGUGUAUUCUCCCCCAGGCCGGGGAGAAUGAGAGUGAAAAGCUCAAUGAGGUGAUGUACGAGGCCUGGCGUUUUAACCGCGACUGUAAACUCCUGAGAGACGGACUGUCUGGUCUCAGCUGGGACGGCCGAGCCUUCUCUGAUAAAGUGGACCGUCUGAAGUUGGCUGAGAUUGUCAAACAGGCGAUUGAAGAAAAGACAAACUUACAGGACUCCCAAUAGCAAGUGCUGCGUUUCCCGCCGUUUUUAUUUAAAUGUUUACGGAAACUGUUCUUAAGCAAAUAACUGUAAAGAUGUCAUCAUUUUUAAUUCAGAUGGACUCCCUGCUCAGAGUGCUGUACAGCUGUAGAUAAAGGCAAGGAGCUGUUGCCAUGGUCACCCUUUUUUCUACAGUUAAAACGUAUACAGUUAGAUAAAGAUGAGGAGAUGUCGCCAUGGUCACCCUUUUUUCUACAGUUAAAACGUAUACAGUUAGAUAAAGGCGAGGAGAUGUUGCCAUGGUAACCCUUUUUUCUACAGUUAAGAUGUAUACAGAAUCAUAUAUUUUUUGUUUUUUUUUGCAAGAACCAAAAAAAGAAAAAAAAAGAGGAAGAAAAUGGAAGGUGGGCGGGAUUCUGUUUCAGUUCUGACUCUGAAGGAAGGGAGCUUUUAUUUUGUAAUGAGCUGCUUGUCGAAGAUUCCACCUGUUUUAACCUCAUUUUAGUUCAGUUCCCUGUUUUAAUGAUGCCGUUAAACCUAUUUAUUUAAAAGUACGUAAGGAUGGUUUUUAUCAUGAAGUCUGACGUGUUCUUCCGGAGCGGCACGGAGGAGACAUGGGCGCCUCAUUCUCAUGAAGCCGUGGGGACGGGAGCAGGCCCAAAGUUUCACCUCAGAAUUCCUUUGGCAGAAAGACUGUGCGUGUCACCUCACCUCACAGACGGGCCCCGCCCUGGGGCAGGCGCGGCACAUAUCAGACAAUGCUCGUCUCUACGUGAGCGGUUUGCAGAGGAAACGUGAUGACGGUUAAAUAUGAAUGACGUGAAGAGAAAGCGUCCGUCUGGCCGCAGCCCUCGUGGCUCUGAGGACACACACGUUUAAAUGUGACAGGAUUAUUACUGUAUAUUAUCGUUAAUCAAAACUGCUCUUUGUGUUUGAGUGUUGCACUCAUGAGAUAUUUAUGUAUUUUUUAUGUUUGAUCAAGCUGGUCUUUUCCUCCCUCCUCUCUCUGUGGUUUAGUCUCUGUGCAGUUAUCACAGUGCCCUCUGUCCAAUCCAGUCGUCCACUUCCUUCAAACGUCCAAUCAGAAAGAACCUGCUGGGUAAACAGCAGUCAGUGAAAGAUGAUGCAUUAAGCUAGAAAUCUUAAGCCUUCCAAAUGAGUGUGUGUGUGUGUUGUGAGUCAGUGUUGUGUGAUUGUAUAUAGUGUGUGUGUGUGUGUGUGUGUGUG